CCAUCUUUUGUUUUGAUUUCCCUCCUGAAUUGGGAUCUUCCACAUGGGUUGGACUACAGCUCCCAUUAUCUUCAUGUGGGGAUGAUGGGAGUUGCAAUCCAGGCAGAGGCUGGGAGAGCCUGAGAGAAUGUUGUUGAGUUAGCCACCCCAUACUUUGUUCCCCCCAUUCUUCGCAAAUGGGUUGGACUACAAUGCCCACAAUGUGGGGGUGAUGGGAGUUGCUAUCCACACUCAGACUGGGGGGCAGAUGGGAAGGCUGAUGGGUAAUCCGCUCCACUUUUUCUUUCUGGUCUUUCUCCAAAUUGGUGUCUUCCAGGUGGGUUAGACUACCGGACCCAUCAUCUGCAGGUGGGGAUGAUGGGGGCUGUAAUCCAGACAGGGACUAGGAGGGCCUGAGGGGAGGUUGGUGGGUUAUCCGCUCCAUCUUCCGCUUCCCUCUUACCUUCCAAAUUGACUCCUUCCAGCUGCGUUGGACUACACUGUCCAUCAUGUGGGGAUGAUAGGAGUUGCAAUCGAAGCAGACUGGGGGGGGGUGAUGGGCUAUCCAUUCCAUCUUUUGUUUCCCUCCUUCCUCCUAAAUUGGCACUAUACAGAUGGGUUGAAUUACAAUGUCCAUCGUGUGGGGACAAUGGGAGUUGCAAUUCAGGCAGAGAUGGGAGGGCUUGAGGGGGUUGGACUACAACACCCAUCGCCCUGACUAUGGGAGGAUGAUGGGUGUGGACAUGUACUUGCUCGAUGUCAGUUCCCAUCUGUCAGUAACCUCCUCCCAACUCUUUGGACUACACCUCCCAUCAUUCCCCGGGGCCAUCUGAGCUGGCAGAGCGUCUUUAGCCCAAGCCAGAGGCUGGGAAAGGGCAGCUGCAGUGGGCUUAAAACAACAGACCACUCUGUUCAAAAGCCUUGUUUUGUGGGCAGCGUCUAUUAAAUAGAGGCUGACCAUAGAACUGCGCUGGAGGGCCUACAAAUGCCAAGAGAAGUGUUCUCUCUGGGAACUUCUAGGUCCUCCAAUGCAACUCUAUGAACAAUUGGUUGACCAUAGAGUUGCGCUGGAGGACCUAGAGAUUCCUAGAGGGAACAUACUAAUCAAAGUCCCAAACGCUGGAGGGCCAACUGUAAUAACACAUUUUACUUCUUUCCUGCCUCUCCAAGGCAUGGAGCAGAGGAGCCUAAGCAUCUCAGAAAACUACACAUCCCAGCAUUCCAUAGCAUUGAGCCGUGGCAGUUAAAGCGGUGUCAAACUGUGUUAAUUCUGCAGUGCAGAUGGAGCCCAAAUCCUCCUGAACCCAGUGAAGUUUACAUCCUUUGAAGCGUGAGGGUAGAACAUGUUUGAUGGGGAAAUCCCAUAAAAGCCAAUGGAGAUUCUGCAAAGGCUUGAAAAUGGCUCCAGUUAAAAUUAAGCAUGUCGUCUCUUUCACGUCUCAGGAUCCUAAGUAUCCCGUGGAGAACCUGCUGCUGCAAGAAGGCCCUCGUCCCUGGCUCUGCGCCCCACGGGAUCGGAGCCGGCAGCUGAGAGCAGAGUUGCAGCUGGAGCAAGCCAGCCACAUUGGCUAUGUGGAUGUGGGAAACUGUGGUUCAGCCUUCCUUCAGAUCGAUGUGGGGCGUUCCUCCUGGCCUCUGGACCAGAGUUACCUCACCCUCUUGCCCACCGCCGCUUUGAUGGUGCCAGGAGAUGCCAAGCUGGACAAGAAUCGUUCUGGGGUUCGGAUGUUCAAAGAAGGGGACUUCCUGGCUUCUGCGCUGGCCGAGAAGUGGGAUCGCAUCCGGCUCACGUGCAGCCAGCCUUUUAACAGACGUGCCCAGUUUGGUCUUGCCUUCAUCCAGAUCCGCACUCCGCAGGACACAGAGGAGGGCAAAGAGGCUCCAGCCUCUUCUCCUAGUGAGACCCCUUCUGAGCUUCCAAGUAAUCCGUGGCUUUCAAACGCAGCCAUCUGCAGGACUUUCUUCCCAGAAGAGCCAACGAGCACUGAAGAAGAAGUGGCGCUGAAAAGCCGGCUGGUGCAGCUGGACCCCAGCUCCCUCUCUGGAGCGUCCACCUCUGUCUGCCUGAGCCGCUCAGCCAGGAUGGUGCUGACGGCAGCUUCUGCUCGCAAGAGAACCUUCCCCUUGGCGCCAGAUUCCUCCCCUCUUCAGGCAAAGGGUCGAGAGGACGCACAGAGCCAACAGGUGGCUCAGGACCCUCAGCAGUUAGGGUCCAAGCAAGAACCAUCUGGAAGAAGAGAUCGUAGGAAAGCAAGCAGAAGAAGAGGACCAUGCAACAAUGCAAGGAGGCCCAGGGAUGUUUCUCAAAGGAAGGGAAGAGCCCAGGAGCAUAAGAGAAAUGUGGAAAGAGAAGAAAAAGAAGAGGUGGAGGAGAGAAAGGAACGAGCAAAUUGGCUAGAAGAUGGAGGUGUGGGUUUGGGCACAUGCCCCAUAUGUGCUGGCCGUUUCCCCACCGGCAUCUUGCCAGCGCAUGCCUCCAGAUGCGGGGAAGAGGAUUUAGAAUCCAGCCCUUCCUCCUCAUCCUCAUCGCCAUGGGAAGAGCCCAGGGAGGCUUGGGUUCAGUGCCCCAUCUGCCAGAUCCAUUUCCAUGCUUUGGAAGUAGAGAGUCAUGCAAGCACCUGUGGGGAUCAGGGCCAGCCUUUGGCCAGCAGCCCUUCCUGGCUCUGGGUGGAAUAAGAGGAGGAAGUGGAGGCUGAAGCUCUAACCAUUUGUUCAUGCUGAGGGCUUCAGCCCUGGAACAAAGACUUAACUGGACAAGAACCCUGAGUAUGGACCUGGGGGCCAAAGGGCGACCUCUCACAGGCGCUCUCCCUGUGUCUGAUGCCUUGCAGCCAUGAAUGGGGAGAGUUAGGACUGCAGCCCUGGAGUGGAGUGUGGAGUUUACCUGCAGUACUGGCACCCUUUCAUUUUCGUCUGGUCCUUCUCUUUACCCUCAUACAGCUCCCACUUCUCCACUCACGGGCCAGAUUUUGAGCCACUAAUCCUGGCUCAGUGAGGUAAAAAUGCAGGAACUGCUUUUGGGAAGACGGGUGUAGUUCUCUUCUUUCUUUCCUUCUCUUCCCACUAUGCAAAGAACUGGAGCCUGGGCUGCACAUGUUGGUCCCUGUUCUCCUUGUGGACUAGUGGCAUGGGAAGACCCUCACUCACACCCCAGACUCUUUUCAUCCAACAUUCUUGCAUGAUUCCCCCCCCCCUUUUUUUUUAUUAUUAUUAUUCACAGGACCCUUGUGUCACAUUCUGAUGAGGCUGCUUCAGACUCAAAUGCCUUCCCUGCCUUGGCUCUGUCUUCCCACAAUAACAGGAUUUUAAUUAUCCAAAGUCUAGGCUGAAUGACAUUUUCUUUGAUUUGGUCCAAUAAACAUGGCCAAGGUUGAAAA